AUGGUAGAAGAGCCUCCCCCAAAGAAAACAAUUUUGUCUUCUAUUCCUGGAGUUAAAUUUGAAGUGCCAAAAGAGAUAAAAGAUACUCCAAUCAGAAAUUUAGUUAAAGAAAAUACCAAAAUCACAUCUUUCUCCGAACAUCCUUCAUUAUUCAAAGCAAUUCACGAUACUGACAACGUAGUAAUUAACUAUUUAUGUAAGAAUAUUGAUGAAAUACUAUCUAUUGUCUUAACAAAAGAUGACAAAAUUCAUGGAGUUGUUUUAUAUUCCGUAUUAAAGAUGGAAAACCCUGUGAUUACAACAUCUGUUGCUAAAAGCCCCAAUUUGAUUUAUUAUGCUUUCGAAAUUCUUAUUUCGAUUCAACCAGAUCAUGAAUUACUCAUUCGUCUUGUCAAUAUUACAUAUAUCGUUCUUCAUACAGUUACAGAGGAGUUUCCGAACAUGUGUGGAUACAUUGUUCAAUUUCUGAAUAUUCUUCAGAACUAUUGCUCUCAAUCAUUCUUCGAGAGCAUACUUAAAAACGAAGCUGAAAUGGAAUCUACACAUAACUGGCUUAACAGCAUUGGAUUUGCCGAGGUUAUUGCAACCGAAAUCAGUGGAACUCAGCCUAAAGGCGACCCUUACUUAGAUUAUAAUACAUAUAGAUAUACAACAUUACUUAAGCUAGUUAGAUUAUCAUUACAUUGUCCAAUUUUAGCUGAAUCUUUUCGAUGCCAAAAAGUUAUUCAAGCUGUGCUGAAACCGAUUGACGGUGCUCAUAAAUUUGCUAUAGAGGAAAGAUUAUGUACGAUUCUUGAUUUAUAUAAUGCAGAAACAUAUUCUUAUUUUAGAGAUUUUUAUUUAACAGCUCUUCACAUAAUGGAUGAUUUCAAAGAUAAAGGAAGCUUAUUACGUGUUGCUGCAACUUAUAUUAUACUAAAAAUGAUAGCAUAUGAUCACGUAAUUGUUGAACAUAUUGAAGAUGGAUAUAUUCCUGGUAUUAUCCUUAAUAUUUUCUACCGAAACGCAGAGUCUACAGAAUUAGUUCGUGCAGCAAUGAGUUUAGCAAAGGCUGCAAUCGAAGUUCCUUCACUUAUGGAAGUAAUGACGCAAAUAGUUGUUCCACCUUUGAUAAGUGAAGCAACAAAGCCAACAAAUCUCUUCAUAACAUCAAUAUCUUAUGACUUCUUGAUUUGGUGCAAAGAUAGAGCAGAUGAAGAUCAAAAAUUUGCAAAAUCUCUUUCAUUGAUUCCUCUUUGGAAGCCAUUCUGUAAGAAGGAACUGAAAAAGAGAUUGGAUAUGAUAGAACCAUAUGAUACUGAAUCUCUGUUUUAA